CGAGACACAAUUGCCUUUUCGAAGCCUGUUCAUGUCUCCUGUAUAAGGUUUCCUCCAUUGACAAUCAAGCUUUUCUGAGCCUAUUCUUCACAGUUUCACACUGAAUCAUUUCACGUACGCACAUCUUUUUUGACCCUUCGUUGCUUCUUCUAUGUUAUACGCAAUGUGCUAAAUGCAUCUUUCUCUCUCUACAUUUUGCUUUUGCAAAGAUUAGAUUUUUGUCUGGCCUGGUUUAAGCAAUUGUAUUGUUUUUUUGCCUGGGUUGUCUGUGGUCCACAUUUAUAGCCCACUCCACAGUUCUACUUCUAAACUACUUCUCUGCGAAACUUUUAGCUUUCUCUUUGGCUUGCUUUUGUGGAUUCUCUGUUCCACCUCUGCAUUGCCAUACCUGUCCGUGCUUAUCUACUCUGUGCUGCUGCAAAAAAGACACCCCUUUUUUGGUCCUUUGGGUUCUCGAGGAAGACGAACAGGUGGGCUAGGUUUUCCUUUGUGUUCCAGAUCACUGUACUGAAUUACAUCACAAGUGUUUGGAGUUACAGAUAUAGAAUAGCAAAAAGCUGUCAAGAUGUGGUUAUAAUUUGCAACCUCUUAUAAUUCCAGUACAUUUUUCUGGGAUCCAGGAGGGUCAUGGAGUAAAUCUGAGUUUUGAACCUAGAGGGUUUUCCUAUAAUCUGCUGGCAAUGUCGUCUGGGAGUUUAAACACUGAAUUAACAAAGAAGACAUCUUUUUUUGGUCUAAAACUAUGGGUCGUGAUUGGUAUCUGCAUUGGUGUGUUCAUUGUUGGGGUUCUGUGUCUGUUGUCAGUGUGUGUCACAUUUCGCAGAAAAUCUAGAAGAACAUUAGACAAGUACUCACAUUGUAAAAUACCUAAUAUUUCAAAGGAUAUCACAGUUGACAGAAUUGAUGCUCCAAAUGCUCAUGAUCAUCCUGAAAGUGUAUCUCUAACUGUUAAUGAUAAAUCAAGCGAGAAGCAUUCAGAGAAAAUGACUGUUCAUUUAGGUAGGAGCAAGUCAAGUGAUACCGAUAACAUCAGUCAAUCCAGCUCAAGUUACCGUCUUGAGAGGGGUUGUAGUUCACAGUCAGGGGAGGAAGGUAGUUAUGGAACAGUUCAUAAACAGUCUUCGUAUGUUCCAAUGCCGUCUCCUCUGGUUGGCUUGCCUGAGUUCUCGCAGCUUGGGUGGGGCCACUGGUUCAUGCUUAGAGAUCUUGAGCAUGCAACAAACCAUUUCUCGGCAGAGAAUGUGAUUGGAGAAGGUGGCUAUGGAAUCGUUUAUAGGGGUCAAUUGAUCAAUGGGUCAGAGGUAGCAGUAAAGAAACUACUUAAUAAUUACAGUGGCCAAGCAGAGAAAGAAUUCAGGGUUGAAGUGGAAGCUAUCGGCCAUGUUCGACACAAGAAUCUUGUGCGACUUCUUGGUUAUUGCAUCGAAGGUGUUCACAGGAUGCUGGUGUAUGAAUAUGUUAAUAAUGGCAACUUGGAGCAGUGGCUUCAUGGUGCUAUGCGACAACAUGGUACCCUUACUUGGGAAGGCCGCAUGAAGGUCCUUCUUGGUACUGCAAAAGCGCUUGCAUAUCUACAUGAGUCAAUAGAACCAAAAGUUGUUCAUCGAGACAUAAAAUCCAGUAAUAUCUUGAUUGAUGAUGAGUUCAAUGCCAAGGUUUCUGAUUUUGGACUGGCAAAGCUUUUGGAUUCUGGAGAAAGUCACAUAACAACAAGAGUAAUGGGAACAUUUGGUUACGUGGCCCCAGAAUAUGCAAAUUCUGGGCUACUAAAUGAAAAGAGUGAUAUUUACAGCUUUGGUGUCUUACUACUUGAAGCAGUUACUGGAAGAGACCCAGUGGAUUAUGGCCGUCCUGCUAAUGAGGUCAAUCUUGUUGAGUGGCUAAAAACGAUGGUUGGUAACCGGAGAGCUGAGGAAGUCGUGGAUCCUAACCUCGAAGUUAAGCCCAGUACUCGUUCUUUGAAACAUGCACUCCUGGUGGCACUUAGAUGUGUCGACCCUGACUCAGAAAAACGGCCUAAAAUGAGUCAAGUUGCUCAAAUGCUGGAAGCAGAUGAGUUCCCUUAUCGUGAGGAUCGCAGAAACAGAAGCCGAACAGCUAGCAUUGACAUCGAAUCUACAAAGGACAGUAGCAGCUCCCAAUCAGUUGACGUGGAAAGCGGGGUAGGAAAAUCAGAUACAUCUCUGAUAAUUCAUGGAUAAGACAACGGGCGCAUGCUUGUGAUCUGGCAACCCUUUGGCUAACAAUUGGCAGGUAGCUGCCCGAAUAGCGCAGAUUGGGAAAGAUUGGUUCUUUGAUUGUACAAAUGUGUUUUGAGGAUUGUCUUUUGUGAUUUUGAGUAGAUUACUUGUAUACGGUUUUCCUGUUCUCCGAAACAUGUUUUGCAGAUGGAGGCAUUGUUUGUAUAUCCUGCAAAUUAUGGCUGUUCAUUCAUCAUCAUUGUUGUUACUGUUAUAUACGGAGUAUAAUUUAUGGUAUCAUGGUCCUUAGAGAUCUAAUAGUUAUGGGAUAACCAUAA